GGAAGAGGCUCUGGAGGAGGGUCGGAGCCGUGCACAUCCUACGGGGCGGUAAAGAGGCUGGCAUCGUCCGGGCCGGGAGCUCGCGGAGGGCAUAGUAACCGAGGGAAGGAGAAGCAACGGGGAAGGAGAACGCGGGAUAGGUACAGCCGCGGGGAGAAGGUUCAAGAGAGUGCGCCCCUGUAGGUCUGCACGGGCUCGUAAAGAAAUGGAUCAUCGGGGCAUUUUUGAGGAGACUGCAAGAAUGAUAUAAAGCCAAUAUAACUACUGUAGUUGAGAAAAAAAUUUACAAUCCUUUCCCGGGGUCUGAUCAAGGUGCUUGCAGGAAGCCAAAGGAUGUAAAGGCUAGAACUGUGCGGGUGGGGGGGAAUUUCAAUCCCACUCUUAGUUUCCAAGACCAGUGAGUAGUUUAUAUCUCUAAUUAACGCCCCCAUGCCUUCUUGUGUAACUGGUUCCAUAGAACCAAGCAGGACAACUUUCUAAGUUCCCUGGCCCUGAUCCUCCAGCAACAGGGACUUCUAUCCCACAGCAAUUUCCUGUUCUUGGGCACUUGGAAAGUGGCUGGGAAAGUGGCUCAGCGGAGCUGGCUAUGCAGCAGUCAAAUCAAGCUAUCGUACUUUCAUUAAUGGAGCCAUAAUCUGACUAAAUAGGCAAGAGUGAAGAAGAGGAGAGGAAGGAAAAGAAGAGCAAAAGAGAAGAGUGGACAUCUCUGGCUUUCUGACUUUGGCUGUGUACCAUGAGUGGCGGAAGGUUUGACUUUGAUGAUGGAGGAGCCUACUGUGGGGGCUGGGAAGGGGGCAAAGCCCACGGGCACGGCAUCUGCACUGGCCCCAAGGGUCAGGGCGAAUACUCCGGCUCUUGGAACUACGGUUUUGAAGUGGUGGGGGUGUACACAUGGCCCAGUGGCAAUACCUAUGAGGGCUACUGGUCUCAAGGAAAGCGACAUGGCUUAGGGAUUGAAACCAAAGGACGAUGGCUUUACAAAGGUGAAUGGACCCAUGGUUUCAAGGGAAGGUAUGGGGUAAGGCAGAACGUCAGUAAUGGAGCGAAGUACGAAGGCACCUGGAAUAACGGGCUGCAGGAUGGAUAUGGGACGGAGACCUAUGCUGAUGGAGGUACCUAUCAAGGCCAGUUCACCAAUGGCAUGCGCCAUGGUUAUGGCGUCCGGCAAAGUGUCCCAUAUGGUAUUGCAGCUGUAGUCCGCAACCCUCUAAGAACCUCCCUUACGUCCCUGCGUAGCGAGCACAGCAAUGGCACACUGCUACAACAUGAUUUGCCAUCAGCAAACCAGGAACAUGUUCCCAUGACACCUACCAUAACCCGGGGUGGCUUUGCUCUCAGCUUGUAUGCAGAUGCUGAUGCUGGCAAAUUAAAGAAGGGGGGACUCUUCAGACGGAGCUCCUUGUUUGGGAAACUGAAGAAAUCUGACUCCAAGACCUCUUUGUCCAGCCAAAGGAGCCGACUCAGCUUCCUUAAGAGCGAGAGUGGCAUGAGCUCUACAGGUAGUGAUGCUACCUCUACUGCCAGCCUUGGAGAAGGAGUGGAAGGGGAGGACUUCCCACCUUUUGAUGCUGAUAUUGAUGCCACCACCACAGAAUCCUACAUGGGGGAGUGGAAGAACGACAAGCGUUCAGGGUUUGGCAUAAGUGAGAGAUCGAGUGGGCUCAAGUAUGAGGGUGAGUGGCUGGAUAAUGUGCGGCAUGGAUAUGGUUGUACCACGUUGCCUGAUGGGAAGAAGGAAGAAGGAAAAUACCGCAUGAACAUACUGAUCAAAGGCAUGAAGAAGCGGGUGAUACCUCUAAAAAGUGCGAAGAUAAGGCAGAAAGUGGACCGGAGCAUAGAAGGCGCUCAGAGAGCAGCAGCCAUCGCCAGACAGAAAUCUGAGAUUGCAGCUUCUAGGACUGCCCACGCCAAAGCCAAGUCAGAAGGUGCAGAGCAAGCAGCACUAGCAGCUAACAGUGAAUCCAUGUUAGCCAGGUCGAUGGCCAGGGAGUUAUCUCCAGACUUCUAUCAGCCAGGCCCUGAAUACCUGAAGAGGAGGCUACUCCAAGAACUCAUGGAAAAUGAGGAGAAUGUUGAGCAUAUACAAGAAACACCCCCUGUUGAAGAGACAUCUCCAGCAACACCUCCAGAAAGUCCUCAAACUGAUGAGCAAGGUUUCAUGAAACCUAAGGAGAGUCCAGCUCCGACUCCAUCACCAUCCGGAACACCACCUGAGGCCAAGCGUGCUAAGCAGGGUUCCCAGAAGGGUGGUUUUCUCAGCCCUGGGACUUGGAAUGGAGAUCAUACCAAGGAUGGGAAUUACACAGGAAGUAGGCCAAACACAUCUUCUAAUGCUCUGCUGGCACCAGUGGAGAAGUCAGGAAGUAACAGCAGACCUGCUCCUCAGAGCCUCAGCCUUCCUAGCCAGGUGAAGAUUGCUACUGACCAGAUGGAGAUCAAACCCCUUCAGAGGAUACAGAAAGGAGGUGAAGUUAAAUUAUUUGAGGGCUAUCACAGUUAUGCUGUGCGAACCUCUCCAGUUACACCCCCAGUGGAUAAUGAGGAAGACCCAUUCUCAGACUCCAAAUUUCCUACCAAGCCAAGGUCCCCAGAGCCAGAAGCUGAUGCGAAAACAGCAGAUCACAAAUUAGAGCCACAGAAAAGGGGAAGUACACCCGUCACCCAACAUGAACCAGGUCACAAAGAGAAAAAAAUAAUCAAGACAGAAUCUAAGCUGGAGCCCAAACAACAUCCACCUGAGCAUAAAGUAGAACAGAAAGUAGAAGCUGUGCGUGAAACCAAGCCUGAACAGAAGCCUGAAGCCAAAGUGGUAGCCAAAGCUGAGCCCAAGGCUGUGGUGAAAAAAGUUGCUCCACCAGAGGCAGCAGCAAAAGAGGUGGAAGAACAAGAAGAGGGACCUAACACAAUAAUCAUUUGCAUGGUCAUCUUACUGAACAUUGGCCUAUCCAUCUUAUUUGUACAUUUUCUGACAUGAUGAGAUACAGAAACAAGAAGUUUAUGCUGGUCUAAACAACAAUCCUGAUCAGAGAUAACAUCAACCAUUCAGAGCUAUGUUAAAAGGAAGAUGCACAGAAGCACCCAGUGAGUGUACUGAGGUCCUAAACUUUCAUGCAAUGCUUCUGGCAAACUGUUUUGCUCCAACCAUAGCAAGAAGAGGUCUCAAAUUUUGCAACCCUUUUUAUUCUUCCUUUUGUUUUGAAUCUGCAUUGCUUUAAAGAUUUAUAAUUUUGAUGAACUACACUGCCACUUGUUGAAGAAACAAGGAUUCAUCUUAAUUGUGGAAUGGAAACACAAACUAAAAAGUCUUUUCUUCGAAUUUCACUGUGAAAACGUCAGACGUAAUGGUACAAAUCUUCCCACCCCAUAUUUCUAAAUUGCGCUGCAUCUCCAAAUCAUGGUUAACUCCAAGAGUGUGCUGAAGGUGGCUGGAGGGCACUUUGAAUGUUGAGGAUUUUUCCAAAUCCCUUGAAAAAAAUAGUUUGCUAAAAUCUAAUUGUGGCCCUUCUGUUUAGUCACUAAAGUUGGAGCCAAUAGGAAAGAUUUAGAAAUUAGAAAUGAGGGCUUAAAACAUCUUCCUGUCUCAUGAGGGACCCCCC